CGCCCCUCCCGCUGCCGCGCCUGCGCAGUGCGCGGCCGCCUCAUCCCGGCAGAGCGGGCGGCUCCGCGGCAGCGCUGCCUCCGAGCGGGUCGGUACUAACGGACAAGGAGGUGGUUCAUUCUGUUCGAGUAAAAUGGGGUCAAAACAGAUCACACAGGAAACAUUUGAUGAUGCAGUGCAAGAAAACAUCACAGAGUUUGAGAUGGACCCAGAAGAGGCUGUGAGAGAAGCUGUGCAGCAGUUUGAGUCCCAAGGUGUUGACCUAAGCAAUAUUGUGAAAGCUCUGCGGCCGCCGGCCUCUGAAAAUGGGCAGAGACAAAAGCAUGAGAUUUUGCUGACUUUAGAUGCCCUUGGGAAAGCUGUUGCUGACUCUGACCUUGCUGAGGUGGCCGAGCAGCUCGUGGUCUUCACUGCUCAGUGCAAAGAGCAACUGGCGUUCCGCUGCCUGGCUGGGCAGAAUGGUGCCUAUCCUGUGGUGUUCUCUGCCUGCCAGGUGGCUUCAGGAGACAGAAAUCUAAUGCUGAAAGCCUUUUAUACUUUGUCUGCCCUCUUGGAUGGGCAGCCAGACCUGCUUGACACUGCUGGCCAGGAUCUGCUGCUCCAAACUCUGCAGGAAUACGGGGAGGAUGCAGACAUGACACUGGCUGGGAUCCGAUGCGUUCGCCACGCCUGUCUGAAGCAUGAGCAGAACCGUCAGGACUUUGUGAAAGGUGGGAUUCUGCCUCUCCUGACUGGAGCCAUAGUCCAACACAGACACAGUGCUGAUGUCGUCCGCACAGCUGCCUCGGCCCUCAGGAUCAUGACGUUUGAUGAUGACAUCCGCGUGCCCUUUGGCCAUGCUCAUGAUCAUGCUAAAAUGAUUGUGUUGGAAAACGAUGGGUUAAGAGUCCUCAUUGAAGCUGCAAAAGCCUUCACAGAUAACUCCAGUGUUCUCAGUGAGCUGUGUGCCACCCUCUCUCGCCUCUCUGUUAGGAAUGAAUUCUGUCAAGAGAUUGUAGAUCUUGGAGGCUUAAAUUUUAUGAUGUCUCUCCUGGCUGACUGCAUCGACCAUCCAGACGUGGUGAAGCAGGUGCUCAGCGCCAUCCGAGCGGUCGCAGGGAACGACGAUGUGAAAGAUGCCAUCGUGAAUGCUGGGGCGACAGACCUCAUUGUCCUCGCCAUAAGCCAUCACCUCACCAACCCUCAGAUCUGUGAGCAGGGUUGUGCAGCCUUGUGCAUGUUGGCUCUGCGCAAGCCCGAGAACUGUUCCAUCAUCAUGGAGGGUGGCGGGGCGCUGGCAGCCCUUCAGGCCAUGAAAGCACACCCCCGAGAGGUGGCUGUACAGAAACAGGCUUGCAUGCUGAUCCGCAACCUGGUCUCCCGGAGCCGGGACUUUUCUCAGCCCAUCUUAGAGAUGGGAGCUGAGAACCUCAUAACAGAAGCUCGUGCAGCACAUAGGGACUGCGAUGAUGUGGCCAAAGCAGCGCUAAGGGAUCUGGGCUGCAAAGUGGAGCUCCGUGAGCUGUGGACCGGUCAGAAGGGAGGCCUGGCUCAGUGAAUCCUUGCUCCGCUGAGGAAAGAUGCUUCAAGACGUCUACGUACAUGAAGCCUAGAGGGGGAAAACAAAAUGGCAUGGAUUAAUUUGCAGUUGCACAACUGGAAUAUCUGAAGCAAAUGCCUGGCUUGUGAGGCUGCAGAGAUCUUUUUAUUGGGAGCUACAGCUGAAAUGGCUUCACGCAUUCACAAGCUGCAAAGCAACUCUGUGUAGUAACCAUUCCCUGAAUCACCUCAUGCCUGAAGAUGACCUGCUCCCCCUUAUGUAUGUUUGUGGCCAGAACAGGGCCAUUCCCACAUGCUCUGAUCUGUACAGAGAGAGCAAAAGCAGCUCUUGACCAAUAGGAGUUUGGUGUGUACUGUGGUAGCCGGUGCUGGUUUUUCCUCUGCUCUCUGCCGGUUGAGGCUGGCAGUUUGAUCUGGGAUAAUGACAUGGAUGAGGAGGACUCCCAUGAUUUGUGAAUGUGUUCUGUCCUGUUGUACUGUUGUACUAUUUUACUGCUGACCAUAUUGCAUUGCUGCUUUGGUUUGGAUUUUUCAGCCAUCGUAACGUUCAAACAAAAGCAAAGGAUUUUGGAUAGUGUGGCCCAAAGCAACCUACUUUGUGAAGGUACCAUUUGCAACGAGGAGGAAAGUUUGUGGUUUCUGUCUGUGAGAUGAGCACAUUGGGGAUGGUGGUGCAGGCACUGCUUUCAAAACAGGGGCAAUGUGGUACCAAGCAGCAGGAAGUCAGUGCUGGGGAACCUGGGCUUUGGUUCCCUCUUAGCAGGGCAGCACUUCCCUGAAUCCAGGAGUAUUGAAACAGUAGUGGAAUAGCCUACUUCUGCUGCAGGCUUGGGGGCAAAAAAGGGGCUGAAACAUCCAGAGAGGCUCUGAAAGCUCAGCUAAAGGCAUGUAUGCCCCUCUUUCUGGCUGUGGGGUUACCAGUCCUGCUUUGGCGCUGAACCUUCCUGCACUGCUCCUGCUGUACCUGAGCAGAUGUUUUCUAAUGUGAGAUUCUCUGUAGAAAUGUUGACCAUAUAAAACAUAAAACCGUA